UCAAUAUGCUCUCUCUCGUUUCAUCUCUACAACCCCUCAUUUAUCCCUCCUUCGUCGGUCUUGGCGGUUGACUCUUAGAGACAGCGCGAACGCGGGAGUAUCACCGGAACAACCAUGCCCCCACGGGCCGCAUUUUGCCAAGACCAGUUCUCUCCGCAAUACAGCCGAUCCGACCUGCCACUGACAGGUCAGACCAGACCGGAGAACUACCACAGGAUCGAGCCACCAAGCACCUAGUGUCUAGACGAACCAACCAAGCACGCCGUACGAAACGAAACAGGGACCGGCGUACCUCAGCCCAGCGGUGGAGCAGAGCGGCUCAGUUCCAGCUGGUGGGUCCGUCCAGGUAGCGUACGAAGCUCGAGCUGCAUGUUGUGGUAUGAUUUGACCGGGGCGCCAUGGAGUUGGACGGAGCAUCGCAACCGCCGGAUACAACCAGGCCCCUUUCCUCAUUGUCAACGGAUCUCACCUCGCCCGUCAGUGGUAGCAGUAGGCCGAGGCCCAAGAAUAAGAUCAUCAGGAACCAGAACGCCUGCGAUGCCUGCCGGGACCGUAAAGUUAGGUGCCUGUACGGACCGGGGGGAGGCCGAUGCCAAGGGUGCACGUUUCUCGACAUACGUUGCACACAUGAUCGGCCGCGGAGGCGAAGAGGGCCGCCGAACAAACAUGCAGAGCAGCACCGCCAGCUCCAGCAGCACCAGCAGCCGGGCUCUGCCACGGCAUCCACCGCCAGCUUUCAGAGCCCGCCGGCAUCCGUAUCAGAUGUCACAUCGCCGGACCAAGGUCUCGGCUACCAGGGCUCACCAACUUCCUCAUAUCCCACUGAGACACCUCAGUCCCGCACCCUCCCUCAGCCCCGCGUCGUAGUCGCUGCCGGCGCCGCCAGCCGCUCAGCGGCGGACCUGCGCGCCAUCAUAGGCCCGCCGAGCCCCAGCGCGGACCAGCACGGCGACUGGCUCUCCCUCUUCGCUCCCGAGGAGCUCGUCUACCGCAUGCUGGACGACUGGUUCGAGAAAGUCCACGCGCUCGCGCCGGUGCUGCACCGGCGGCGGUUCAUGCACCGCCUCAGGGCGGGCGAGGCCAACACGGACCGAACGUUCUGCGCGCUGCUGGUGAGCGUCUGCGCCGCCACCACGGCCACGUUGCGGCGGAACAACUACGGCCCCGUGACGGUGGAGCGGUGCCUGGACUUCAUCGAGGAGCACGGCCUCCUCGACCACGGGCUGAGGAAGCCGUCGUACUCGCUGGACUGGUGCAUCGCCAUGUACAACAUCGGCACCUCGGCCAGCUCGAUGAACGAGGACGGGCUCGGGGACAUGGGGUCGUUCCACGGCAUGUCCGAGGCGGCGGCGGGGGUGAGGUUUCUGGUCUACUACCGCAUGGCGGACCUGGACAUGUCUCAGCAGCAGUUGCUGAAGCGGCUCUUUUGGCUGCUGUUUGCGGCAUAUUGCAGUGCAGACAUAUUCGGAAAGCUGUCGGUGAGCCUCGUCUCCCACCAGGAGAACCGCGCCCACCUGCGCCCCUUGCCCCUGACGGACUCGCAACUCGACACGGGGCCGCAGCUGUCGACGGCGGAACUGGCGCAGUGGCACGGCGACGCGACGUCGUACGUGCCGGGGCUGAACCAGCUCAGCGACCUCUUCCUGACGUGGCACGAGGCGCAGACGGCCCCCAUCAGCCUCUUCGGCGGGCAGGAAGAGGCGCUGAAGCACUUCCUGUCGAGGAUCCAGGCCAUCACGGACGUCUUCCCGCCGGAGCUGCGCUGGCGCGGGGGUCUGUCCCGGCCGCCGCACGUGACGGAGGGCCACGACACGCAGAUCGCCAACCUGCUCAUCACGGGCCUCAACAUCCGCUCCAACCUGCUGCAGAAGUUCGGGUCGGCCGUCGAGACGCACGCGCUCGAGCACCAGCGCAUCGUCGACGACCUGCUGGAGAUCCUGUACCGCGUACCGCAGCACGUGCUGGAGCAGAACGGCAGCAGCCUGAUCCCGAAGCUGAGGGACUGCGGGGCGGCCUACAUGGAGCAGAUGAACAUUAGCGGCUUGGGCGGCCCGCAGAGGCUGGUGAGCGAGAGCGCGAGGCUCAAGCUGGAGAGGCUGCUGAGGAAGUUGGACGAUAUCGACUGCUGGCCGGGGCCCUCCGUGAUAGUCGAGGGCCAGCAGAGUAGCAGGCAAUGAAGGAGGAGGGAAAGUAACCACCCCGCCCUACAUCCGAGCCACUACUAUUACCACUACUAUUACCACUUAUUCCUUAGGCUUGCCGCCUACCUAUACGUAACUUUUGGCCUUACUAGGAUAAUUCAGAUGCACUAAGUUUAUCUGGACUAUCUAUAUUACUAGUAUAUGUAUUUCUUACCUACUAGAUAUGUUUCAUAGUAGUAAAGGUGCUAUUAGGUAAUAAGGGGACUUGUGUGUGUGUGUGUGCGACACAGAAAGCAAAUCAAGUUGCUGAGAUACUUGUCCAAGGCGGUCC